CAUAAAAACCGGGUUUCGGGAACCGCCACUCGCAGGCGUGCUGCUGAGGCGUGAGUAUGGCGUCUCGUGGCCGGCGUCCGGAGCACGGUGGACCACCGGAGCUGUUUUAUGAUGAGAAAGAAGCCCGGAAAUACGUUCGCAACUCACGGAUGAUUGAUAUCCAGACCAGGAUGGCUGGGCGAGCACUGGAGCUUCUUUAUCUGCCAGAGAAUAAGCCCUGUUACCUGCUGGAUAUUGGCUGUGGCACUGGGCUGAGUGGAAGUUAUCUCUCAGAUGAAGGGCACUAUUGGGUGGGCCUGGAUAUCAGCCCUGCCAUGCUGGAUGAGGCCGUGGACCGAGAGAUAGAGGGAGACCUACUGCUGGGGGAUAUGGGCCAGGGCAUCCCAUUCAAGCCGGGCACAUUUGACGGUUGCAUCAGCAUUUCUGCUGUGCAGUGGCUGUGUAAUGCUAACAAGAAGUCUGAAAACCCUGCCAAGCGCCUGUACUGCUUUUUUGCUUCUCUUUUUUCUGUUCUCGUCCGGGGAUCCCGAGCUGUCCUGCAGCUAUACCCUGAGAACUCAGAGCAGUUGGAGCUGAUCACAACCCAGGCCACAAAGGCGGGCUUCUCCGGUGGCAUGGUGGUGGACUACCCUAACAGUGCCAAAGCAAAGAAAUUCUACCUCUGCUUGUUUUCUGGGCCUUCGACCUUUAUACCAGAGGGGCUGAGUGAAAAUCAGGAUGAAGAUGAACCCAGGGAGUCUGUGUUCACCAAUGAGAGGGUCCCAUUCAGGAUGUCGCGGCGGGGAAUGGUGAGGAAGAGCCGGGCAUGGGUGCUGGAGAAGAAGGAGCGGCACAGGCGCCAGGGCAGGGAAGUCAGACCUGACACCCAGUACACCGGCCGCAAGCGCAAGCCCCGCUUCUAAGUCACCACACAGUUCUGGACAGGCACUUGCCUCUGUACUUUUCUAUAUUGUUCAGCUGACAAAGUAGUAUUUUAGAAAAGUUCUAAAGUUCUGAAAAUGUUUUCUGCAGUUAAAAAAAAAAAAAGUACUCUGGGCCGGGCGUGGUGGCUCACACCUGUAAUCCCAGCACCUUGGGAGGCUGAGGCGGGAGGAUCAUUUGAGGCCAGGAGUUUAAGACGUGCCUGGGCAACAUAAUGAGACUUCGUUUCGGGGAGG